AUGGGUAGAGUUCUAGCGGAGUUACAUGCCGAACACCAAGGUAUUGUACGCACAAAGGCAAUUGCUCGUACUUUUGUGUGGUGGCCUGGUAUUGAUAAUGAUAUUACGACUUAUGUAAGAAACUGUGAGGGAUGUGCAUUCCAGCAGAACAAUCCAGCUCCCUGUAAGACACACCCUUGGGAGACACCUAGUACUCCAUGGCAGAGAGUACACAUCGACUUUGCAGGUCCAUUUCGAGGUCACACUUUCUUGAUUGUGGUUGACUCAUUUAGUAAGUGGCCUGAAGUUAUACCAAUGACCUCUACAACUGCAUAUAGCACCGUGAGAGUGCUCAUGUCCCUAUUUGCAACGCAUGGUAUUCCUGAGCAAAUUGUGUCGGAUAACGGACCUCAGUUUGUUACAAGUGAGUUUGAUAGUUUUUGUAAGGGGAACAACAUCAAACACAUUCGUAGUGCUCCGUAUCAUCCCACAACGAAUGGUAAGGCAGAAAGAUUUGUACAGACGUUCAAGUCUAACAUGAAAUGUAGAGGCAGUAGCAGAUCUGGUCUCACCACUAACAUAAACAGGUUCCUAUUAUCAUAUAGAACCAUUCCUCAUGCAACCUCAGGUUAUCUGAUUUGGGAGUCUCGCAUUGGCAAACAAGGCUCCUAUGUUCUCUCAGCAUAUAGCUUUCGCAAAACUCCCUGGCUCUUCGUCCCAACUGAAUCCGCAAGGCUUUUCAUCAGUUUUUCUUUGCCUUCCUCUUGGUCUCUGGCCAUUGAUCUUCCCUUCCACAGACGAUCCUUCCAAGCCUUGACAAUAAGUCCAAAAAUAACCACAACUUGUCGAUAUCUGACGAGCAUCAUUUGCACCGCCAUUGAAAGCUUAUGUUGA